AUUAAACAGCGUACGAAGGAGUACUCGGAUCCGACGUGUGAACUUUGUCCCGCCCACCCGAAGUUAUCAAACUUUCCCUUUUUGGUCUCCUCUUCCCCCUCCUCCUCCCCAAGACUCCGCAAUUUGCGUACAAUCUAUCGCGACCACCUGCUUAAUUGUCCUGUCUCUGCUCUCCCUCCCCCUCUGCCAGAGAUACAUGCCGUCGUGGAAUCCAUCACUAUCCCCGUCUCUCUCUUCUCAGCAUGAACUUCUUCUCGAUGUCCGCAUUUGCCCUGCGACCGCCCCGCCAAGUCGCGUCGUUUCCCCUCGAGCCUCAGGUUCCCCAGGUUCAGAGGGCGCCCUCUUCUGGCAAAGCUUAGCUCAGAUCGGUCAUUGCGUUGGGAUGGCAUCACUUCAUUCUUCCGGGAAAACGUGCACCUCUACGCUAUUGUCCGCGAUUGUCGGUCGGAGCAGAAGAGGGACCAUGCUGCUGCCUUUUCAUCCCCGCUAUUACCUAACAGUUAUCCUUCUCUAUGGACAGGCCCAGCUCACCUCCAAUGCGGGGGCGCCAUUUAUUCAUCCCCCGGAUUCUCCUCGUGUGGAGAUCUUUACGCCGGCAGUUCGUAUCACGAUCCUCUCUGGCCUUGGAACUCUCCCUAUUGAGUCAAUACGCCAUACUCUGACGUCGGACGGAUAUCACGGAGGGCAGGGAUGGGCACCGGCCUGAAUACUGUUGGGAAGUGUGUGGAGCCGGUAUUCGCUCUUCAUUACAUAAAAGAAAUGCGCCUAGUCUGAUGCAGGAGCUCCCGCUGCCUGCCCGGUGGUGGAAGAGUGUACCUCCGUGACGGCAGAUGCGCUAUUCAUACCUCAGUCCAUAUGGAAUUGUCGCUCUUCACGCACCAUUACUCGUCUCUGCGU